AUGCCGAACUUCUGUUCCUGCUUCGGAGGAACCCCGACCCACGAGACGGGACAACGGCCGGCCCACGAGACGGCAGAGAGGCCGUCCAUUUCCUCCUGGUUCGGGGGCAUGGCGUCAUCUCUCGGUGGAGCCGCGGAGAUGCGGCGGUGGGGGCGGGGGGCGGAGGGCGCGGUGGGGGCGGGGGCGGAGGGUGCGGUGGGGGCGGAGGGCGUGGUGGGGGCGGAGGGUGCGGUGGGGGCGGAGGGCGUGGUGGGGGCGGAGGGCGUGGUGGGGGCGGAGGGCGUGGUGGGGGCGGAGGGCGUGGUGGGGGCGGAGGGCGUGGUGGGGGCGGAGGGCGUGGUGGGGGCGGAGGGCGUGGUGGGGGCGGAGGGCGUGGUGGGGGCGGAGGGCGUGGUGGGGGCGGAGGGCGUGGUGGGGGGGGAGGGCGUGGUGGGGGCGGAGGGCGUGGUGGGGGCGGAGGGCGUGGUGGGGGCGGAGGGCGCGCUGCAGUGGGACUCACAGGAGGAGCUGUGGUGGGCAACGGGCAACUGGCGCACCAAGCUGGGGGAAGCCUGGAAGGCAGAGCAGCUGCUGACAGAGAUCAUGGUGAUGACGGCUCUCCGCCAUCCCAACGUGCUGCGGCUGCUGGGGAUUGCCAUGUGGGGGCAAACCAUCUCCAUGGUCUCUGAGUUCGUCCCGGGCGGGGAUGUUUCUCAGCGGUUAGAGAAAGCAGCCAAGGGCAUAGAGCCCUUUCCCUGGAAGGACCGGCUGAGCAUAGCGGUGGGGAGUGUGGCGGGGCUAGCAGCGAUCCACAAGGAGGGCUUUAUCCACCGUGAUUUCAAAGCUGCCAACGUGCUUCUAACGAAGGACCUCGUGCCAAAGGCUUACUAA